CCCAACCUGCAGAGUGUUGCCAUUCCCGAAAUCUUUCAGCUUCCACAAACAUUUGUGUACCUUAACAGGCGAGCCGACAAAAACUGCAAGCUGCACAAAAUCUUUGCCUUAAAAAGUGUCACAGAAAAGUAAUCGCAAAAUGUGUGUUUAUUUGGGAGCCACUGACGAUCUAAUGGAGAUAACUUUCUUCGUCCUGUGUCGUGUCCUGGAGCUGUCUCUCUUCACCUGCAUGAUGAUAUGCAACGCGAUCAAGUCCAAGUGGAACAACACCAAGGCCAUCGAGAUGGCAGAGCCUUGACCCAACGGAUGGCAGCAUGACUACAUAGAUGUGGAGCCUACUGCCAAUUCGAUAGUGUGAAUGACUUGCUCUUCUUCAUGUGUGUGUGAAAGUUCAAUUAGCGAUGCAAUAUCCAUAGGAAUAAGCAUAAAUGUCUGUGUAAAUGUUCUAGGUGAAACCUUUUCGUAUAGGAUAAACAUAUAUGUACAUAUGGUUCAAUAGAAAAAGCAUAACUUUG